CAAGCAGCCCAUGAGGAUGCCUCUGAGUUGGGCAAGGACGAUGUCGAAGGCGAGGAGGAAGAGGAGCGAGUGCAGGACGCGGUCGUUGAGCCCCCUGUGCCGCCUGCCAAGACGGAGGAAGCUGCGCCCGCCAACAAGAAGAAACGCAAGGACAUGACGCGUGAGGAGGUCCUUAGGGACAAUCGCCUGCGAUCCAAGCUCCGUCGCCUGGUCCAGAGCGAGCGUGUGUCCAAGUUUCCCCAGAUCGAGAAGCUCUGGCACGGCACUGCCUCUGAGCACCAGUCCUUGAUCGACAAGUGGAUGGAGAAUGAUGGCAACGAAGAGAAAGUGGAGUCCACCAUCAAGCUCAAGGUCGGCCUGGAGCGCAAGUCGGAUGAGAUUGAAGAGAAGCUCACCAUCCAGCAGAUGAAGGAUGCAGGCUUCAGCAAGCAGAAGAUUGCUGGCAUUGUGGCUGAGGGCCGGGGCGAGCCUGACAAGUAUGCCCCGGAGAGCCUUGCGGACAUGAAGUUCUGGUGUGUGACCAAGGAGUCGCGGAAGAAGCAGGCUUCGCAGUCCAUCUCGGCGGAGAUAAAGGCUGCAGUGGACCCCAGCCAGAUCACGGACUUCAUGCGGAUCUUGGAUGGCGGCAGCAGCUCCUCAGGUUUGGCCCGGAGCUCCACUGCUGGCAGCUUGGACAGCUUGGCGUACCUCCAGUCUGUUUUUGAUGGCGCUGCUG